AAGAAGAGAGGAUGAAGCUCUCCGUCUAACCGUUCAGAAAAGAGAAAAGAGGAGAGCAAAGCAGGAAGAAGUGAUAAAUGAGGAAGUUUGAAGUGUUUUAAAAAAGAACAAGAAAAAGAUUCAAAUACAACGAACAAGGAAUAGAAGUGAAGAGGAGAGGAGGAAGAGAAGAGGAGGAGAGGAGAAGGAGAGGCGGUGAAGAGGAGGAGAAAAGAAAUAGGAGAAGAAGAAAAGGAACAGAAGAGACGAUUCAGAGCGGUGAUGGACGAGGACAUCAGGAAACAGGGGAUUCUUUAUCUCCAGCAGCAGAGGUUUGGAAAGAAGUGGAAGCGUGUGUGGAGCGCCCUCUAUAGGGACAGUCCUUGUUCCAUCUCCAGACUGGAGUUCUUUGACUGUAAAGAUGGAGGAGUUGAGAAAAGUUUACGCAAACAACAGGAACAAAAGAAGGUGAUUCGUCUGUCAGACUGUAUCCGGGUAUCGGAGGUGGAGGUGGACGGAUGUCCGAGAGACACUGGACCGUUCCUUGUGGAGACAACAGAAAAGAUCUAUGUUUUCGCUGCAGAGAGGCACCAGGUGGACGACUGGACACACAAACUGUGUGAGAUAGCCUUCCCUAUGAGCUGGACGGAGCAUGGCGUGAAGCGAGGCAGCGUGCACAGAGGAACCAGGGUGGAGGAAGACGAGGGGAUGGAGGACAACUCUCUGUACAGUGGCAGACAAACAGUGCGGGACUUCAGAGUGUGUGUGCGGAGGACGGAGGCCUCUGAUCACUGCAGACUGAAAGGAGACGGAGUCCUGCGAGCAGACGUGGACGCUCUUCACCUGCUCAACAAGACAGGAGACAUUUUGUUUACGUGGCCGUACAGAUUCCUGAGACGCUUUGGACGAGACAAGUCGACCUUCUCCUUUGAAGCGGGGCGGAGGUGUGCGUCCGGCGAGGGCAGUUUCCAGUUCGACACCAAACAGGGUAACUUCCUGUUUCAGGUGGUUGAAGCCGCUAUCGACCUGCGAAGGACGGCCCCCCCGCACAGACAGAUCUCUGGGGGGGGGCCGCUGAGUCCAGAUCCCUCCCACAACCCCAACCUGCCCCCCCCACCCCAGAGCAGGACACUGCUACUGCCACCUCAAUCCCGCAGUCAUAUCCCACAACCCCCUGCUGCUCAGGCUGAGGACGCUGUGUACAGCACAGUGACGGAGCAUCUUCACAUGACUCAUCACAAAGAGAGCUCCAGCCCUUCACUGCAAAAGCAGCGCCUCCAGCUGUGUCGUCUGGAGCCUCCUGUCGAUAAAGUCCUGACCGGCGUGAAGAGUUUGUCUCUGGACACUCGCGGUCUCCCCGUCCCCCGAAAGAACCAGGUCAAGAUGAUCUCCAGCUGCCCGCUGCCCCACGUCGAGCCGAGCCCCACUCCAGCCCUAGGCUCCACCCCCUCCCACGACUCCAGUCAGAGCCCUAAACUGAGCUCAAAUCCAGAACAGGCCUACGCCCAGAUCACACAGCCCGCCCCCAGAGAGCGGGGCUCCAAGAGGGAGAGGAGGGAGGGAGGAGGCAGCCUGGCUCCACCCUGUAACUGCCCUCAAAUCGACCCAGAGCCAGAGUACUCCCUCCCCUUCGACACCAUCGCCAAGAACAUCAUGGUGGACAUCCUGAGCUCCCAUCAGGCUCUUGUGUCUGAGUCCGGCGCGGACCCGCUCUAUGACAGCAUUGACGAGAUGAAGAUCAGAAACAUCUUCACAAGCAAAGACGACGCCCACGAACCAACGCAAAGGAAGGUAGAUCACAUCUACGACGAGCCUGAGGGCUGCGCCGUCGCCAGCGCUGCCACCACCAGAGGGCCGGAAUCCACUAUCCCUACAGCAGUAUACGAUGACCCCGAGGAGAUGAGAGGAGACGCCUGGAGGAACAUGGGUACAGCCGAUGACCCCAAAGGUCACGAGUACCCGUACGAUCCCCGGGUGGAUGACUACGCCGUGCCAAAACGCCCCAAGAGGGCAUUUCCUGUCACACAAGACCCCAACAUAGAAGAAGAAGACGAGGAGGAGGACGUGAAGCAGGAGGAGGAGGAGCAGCGAGACUCACAGUACACCAACAUCAUGGUGAAGAUGUAGAAACGUCAUCAUCACACGGGCGCUUUAUGUUUCAGUUCAUUUAAGGAGCAGGUUUCUCAUCACACAGCUUUAACUAACUCUCUUGUUUAUUUGGAUCCAGGGAGCGAUCGCUCAUCUUCACACAAACAACGAUCAACGUCUGAAACAAGAGAAAUGUGAUCGUUCUACUGGAGACUCAGUGAAACCAAAGUGAACCGCUGGUUCGUCUGUUUCACUCAGUAUCAGCAGUGAAUUCAUAAUUAAACGUUAAAUCUCUGAUCUGCAGCAGCGAGAGACUCAUCCUGCAGGGGGCAGCACAACAACAGCUCAUUAGUUCUUACACAGUGCUUACACAGUUAAUGUGGCUCAUUGUGUUUAAACUCUACUCACAGGCCAAAGAGUCAACACUGGGAACUCUCACCUCUAUUUGAAAUCAAACCCCAACAAUCCCUAAAAAAAUCUCAAACACUUGCACCGUUUGAAACAAAGUGCCAACAACACACUGACGCACUUGAUGUGGAACUCUGCUGUGUUUGCUCAGGCGUCUGUGACAGGGUGUUCCAGUAGAUCUGCUCAGUUUCAAUCAACACAAAUAAAAAGUGUUCACAGUUUUAUUUUAACAACAAAAAACUGAAGCAGUGAGACAACAGACGAAUGUUUCGGAUCUUUUGACGGUAACAGUAGAUCGUAGAGAUGAGGGGGUGCUUCAGGGAUCCUGACGUCUGUUUGGCGUUUGUGCGUCCACAUCUCAAGCAAUAUGGCGAGGCCCCGCUGCAUCUAACCCUGGACUGACCCCACCUCUCCACCUGCCUCUUCCUUUGCUUGCACACCUUCCGGCACCAAGCUGAAAAGAGCUCCUCUACUGGACUGAGAACUGUGAGUCAGGGGCCAGUUUAAAACUUGGAAGUUAUUGUGGUUUGUGAACUGAUCCCGGAUCAGAGCUGCCAGGUGGAAACAAACCUGUCGU